AUGAAAAUAGUAAAAGUAAUAAUUUUUUUGAAUGUAUAUUACUUUUUCGAUUAUUUGCAUGAGUUAACAAAAAAUAAUGCAGAUUUAUUUUAUGCUCUUAGUAAAUAUGUUAAAUUAGAGAUAACACAUAAUAAUAAGAAUAAAGAAAAGAGUAAUGAAAUAAAUGAACACAUUUUGGAGAAACUAAGGAAUGGAAAUUUGAUAGAAGAUAUUAAGCAAUAUACCGCUUUAAACACAGAUAUUAAUACGAUUGUUUAUGAUAAAAAAAAUAAUGAAAUAAAAAAUUGGGCAAUAAAAAGAAGGAUUUUAGAAGACACAGAUUGUAGUUUAGAUUGUGGUAAUAAUGGUCAUUGUAUAAACGACUUUGGAAUGGAAUAUUGUUCAUGUGGCUAUGGUUACUCAGUUGAUAUUAAUAAUAUGUUUAAGUGUGAAGAAAAUUGUAAAAUAAAUAAUGGAGGAUGUGAUCCCAAUGCAGAAUGCAUAAAACUCAGUGAACAUGAAGAGGCGGAAAAUAAUGUCAUAAAGGGUGUGAGAGUCUUAUGCAAAUGCAAAAAUAAAAAUAACAAAUAUGGUGGUUAUUAUUGUCCCGAAGAAGAUAAUUUAAAAACUGAAACAUGA